UUUGAUUUAGGUGGAUUGGCAAUAGCUGUUCCUGGAGAAUUAAGAGGUUACUGGUUUGCUCAUCAAAAGUUUGGAAAAUUAGAUUGGAAUUUUCUUAUUAAUCCUACUAUUGAUUUAUGUAAAAAGGGAUUUGUUGUUGGCCGCCAUCUAGCUGAUAAAAUUCAACUAAAUAAAGAUGAAAUUCUUAAAGAACCUAGUAUGAGGGAAUUAUUUUAUAACAAGGAAACUGAUGAUCUGUUUAAAGAGGGUGAAAUGAUUAAACGACCCAUUUUAGCUGAAACAUUAAGUAAAAUAGCCAAUACUUCUGGUGAUGAAUUAUAUACUGGGAAAUUAGCAGCAUCUUUAGUCAACGAUAUUAGAAACUUUGGUGGUAAAAUCACAUUACAAGAUAUGAAGGAUUAUAAGCCACUUUUAAAAGAUGCCAUUGCAAUUCCAUUAAAUCAAGAUAUUCUUUACACAGUUCCUACACCAGGAAGUGGAGCAAUUUUGGGUUUUAUAUUAAAUAUAUUAAGAGGAUAUAAUCUUACUGCUGAUAGCAUGAAAGAUAUUUCUUCAUCAGUAUUAACUUACCAUCGCAUGGCAGAAGCUUUUAAAUAUGCUUAUGCUGAACGAACAAAAUUUGGAGAUGAUGAAGAAACUAAUAAAAUGAUCGUGCACGUAGAUGUUGGUGGAUCCGCUGGUAAACCAGAGGCAGGAGAGGAUUCAAUCGGUCUUUCUCGACGGUGGAACAUGGGAGAAGGUUGGCACUUUAGAGGCGUUCAGGAUGAGGAAUAA